AAAACACUGUAUUUUAUUUAACUAUUGUUUGUUUGUGUUAGUGUUUGUUUAGUUCAGUUAGUCACAAGUUUGAUUUGUUUGUUUACUUUCUGAGGAGGAUGAACCAGUUCUCAGAUCAUUUACGAAAUUAGUUUGUUAGUUAUCCACUCUUUUAUUGAAAGGUACAUAAAGGAUGGCUUGCUGUGACGACACAGUUUCGGAGGACGGGAACAAUGAGAGAGUAAAGGUGCGAGGCUGCACAGAUCUGUUCUGGCUGCUUAUCUACAUCCUCUUUUGGGUUCUGAUGAUCCUGAUAGCAGGUUUUGCACUGGUGUACGGGAACCCUCUGAGACUUAUACAUGGUUAUGACAGUUUUGGCAACACUUGUGGCUCCUCGUACAAUGAUCAGCUUCUCACCAACGGCAACUUGUCUGGUAUCAAUACUGUUAACAAAAGGUACCUGUUCUUCAUGGAUGUCCGCAACAUCCGCAACUCAUUGCAGAUCUGUGUGGAGAAGUGUCCAGACCGUAAUAUUGACACUAUCCAGGAGCUCAAGCUAUUCUAUGAUCAGACUGGCUCUAAUCUUUGCAGGUAUGACUUUGACCUUGCUCAUUAUGAAGGGGUUCCACACAAUCUGUCAGAGAACGUCACCAUAACUUCACCGCUAGGUCCUUGUCCUACACUGCCCAUCUAUAAAAGUUUGCCAAUACUGAACCGCUGUGUGCCAGAGCCUGUCACCACCGUAGUGAGAGGGAUCAUACAGGAGAUGUAUGGUUUACUGAACAGUUGGGACCUGGGAGAACAGGUACUGAGUGACAUCUAUGCUGCUUGGCCCUACAUUGCCGGCCUCACCCUCCUAUCUCUGGUGCUGUCUCUUGUGAUGGUAUCUUUGUUUUACCUGGUAGCCAGUGUCAUCGCUUGCCUUAUUUUGGUAGCUGUCAGCAUGGUUUGUAUAUUUGGAACCGGAUAUCUGUGGAUUACGUUUUACCAGUUGAAGUCACAGUUGGAUCAAACCCCUCCAGAGCAGCUGUUGGACGAGACUGUUCAGAAUGAGAAAGCUUUCUUUAUAUACUCCAUUAUUGCCACCAUUGUUACUGUGAUAAUUCUGCUACUGGUGCUGGUUAUGCGCAAGAGAGUGGACUUUGUCGCCACAUUGUUCAAGGAGGCUGCUGAUUGUCUAGCAGCGCUGCCCUCUCUCUACCUCCAGCCUGUCUUCUCCUUUCUGCAGCUGAUAAUCUUUUACUCCUUCUGGAUUCUUGUGGUUGUCUGCUUGGCUACCGCAAAUUACCCAGGGACCAAACCUGUACGCCCAUUCACAAGUGAUGCAGUUCUAGAUGCUGCCCAAGCCAUGGCCAACAAGUCCUCAGAGAGUGACAAGACUUUGACAGAGUUCAACAACAUUUCAGUUGCUUCUUUCACAGGUACAUUCACUCUAGUGGAGUUUGCAGACGCAACUUGGGUUCGCUAUAUGUGGUGGGUCUACCUCAUCGGUCUGGUUUGGACCUCUGAGUUUAUCCUGGCAUGUCAGCAGAUGGUGAUUGCUGGAGCAGUGGCUCGCUGGUACUUCAACAAGGACAAGGUGGACAGCAAACCUCCAGUGUGGACCGCAUACCGUCACCUUAUUAGUUACCAUCUUGGCUCCAUGGCUCUGGGCUCCUUGCUCAUCACUCUACUGAAGGUGCCUCGGCUCAUCCUGUCCUAUCUAGCAGCUAAAUUGAAAAAGUACGAACAGUCAGAUAUUGCCCAAUGUAUUGCCAAGUGCUGUAUCUGCUGUCUCUACUGCUUCGAGAAUUGUAUUCGAUAUAUCAAUCACAAUGCCUACACAGUUGUGGCAAUGCAAGGCAUUAACUUCUGCCCAGCUGCCUCCAGGGCCUGGCAUGUAUUGGUGAACAAUGCUCUAAGGCUGGCCACCCUCAACAGUGUUGGUGACUUCAUUCUAUUCCUCGGAAAACUGAUUGUCAUGACUGUUACUGGCUGUGUGGGACUGUUUUUAUUCAAACGCGACCCUGAGCUACACCUCUAUGCUGCUCCAACUCUGGUCGUCUGUCUCUUCGCCUACUUCGUUGCUCACUGCAUCAUCAGUCUGUAUGAGGUGGUGAUAGAUACUCUGUUCCUGUGUGUCUGUGAGGACCAGAAUAUCCAUGGAGAUGAGGGAAAAUGGAGACAGUCUGCCAUAGCCAACCUGAGUGCUGCCCGCAACAACACCCACAUCCCUGAAGAAGCUCCAAUCAAUACAUAGACUGACAAAAACAGCUGAUAUUGUAUCAGAAAAAUAUUUUAUACAGAUAGUUUGGACUGAUUAAGUUUUAUUAGGUCAUAUGCAAAUAUUUUAACUGAACUUUGUAAUUUGUGUAGUUGCUUGAUAUUUAACCCUAGAAGUGGCACAGGUAAUCUCUAAAAUGCCUCUGUAUUUCAGACUGACAUUUAAGGUUAAACAAAAUUUUUAUACCUGAAAAUUGAUUUUAUAUAUAUCAUGCAUGAUAUAUUAUUUAGAAUCUUAACCCUUUGAACGCCGAUUUAAAUUUAGUAAUUUUUUAGA